AUUCUACCCCUUUCUUUCCUAUCACUCAAAUCCUGGUGAUUCUAGGGCUUUUAUCGCUUGUAACUACGUUGUACCGUCCGUCUUGAAUCCUUGUGCAGGCUGUUUCCAAUUUUGCCCAAUUUCCCGCUGCCUCCCUGUGUUUUUGUGUGUGUUUGUAUUUAUAAGCACCUUCAACCUACCUGCCUUUUAGUUUAUUCCAAAAAGCGUGUGUAUCAUCUUUAUUAAGGUGUUAUUAACUUCCUAUCGUCUUGUUCCAUCGUCUUCAAGUGCACCCACGUACUUUUCCUGCUCUGGUUCGUACUGAUUUUGCUGUUGUUCGAUCUGGCGCUUAGUGAGAUCAAUACAUUUUAUCCGCAAAACGGCUUAAUAAAAUAUGUAUCAGCAACCAAACCAUUCAUACGCCUCUGCCGAGUCGUUGAGAAGAUUGUCGUCCAACAACCCGUUCAGAGGUAUCCCUGACUCGGCCUCAAAUCGUGUUAGCUCCACCUCGUCCGGUGGAUCUCUGAACAUAGUGCGGUCACCGCCUUCUCGCAGCUUCGAGCUGUGGGUUGAGAAAAACAAAAAGUUGAUAGAAGAAGACGACUCCAUCGAUGAUGACCACUAUAACAACUACCUUUUGUUGGAUAGUCACGUGUCAGGUCUGUCCACUCGUAAUUCGAGUGCUCAGUCAGAUCUCGCACCUCCUCAAAAGCCUCGUCCCACCAGAACCAACUCCGAUCCCAGUGUCAAGAUGUCUUCAAACAAUCCCUUCGCCAGUGCGUUGAAUGGCGGUUAUGUCCAUUAUAGAGAUGCUCCUCCCCCACCUCCUGGUGGUACCCAACGUCUGAAUUCUGAUGAUUCUCCUUCCAGACCUCCCAAGUCCACUGUUCCUCCACCCCCUUCUUAUGAAGAGGUUGCUGGCCCCGAAGGCACCAGGAGGGAAUACCCACGAGAGAAGGUUCCAACCUCCAGCUCCAGAUCCUCAAGACCUCACAGGAGUCAUAGUGACAGUUCUCAACACCACAGGAGCCACCGGUCUAAAGAAGGAAGCGGCAGAGAAAGGAGUGAAAGAAGUGAAAGACAUCAUAGUUCCAGUAGGCAUCAUACGAAGUCUUCUUCUAAGAGGUCCCCUUCCAAGAAGUCACCAUCCAAGAAGACGGUGGAGCCUGUUAAAAGUAAGAACCUAGACACCAUUGAUAAAUUGGAUGUGACAGGGUUCUUCGGAGGUGGGUUCCAUCACGAUGGUCCAUUUGAUGCAUGUACUCCUCACCGUAAUAAGGAUGGUAAGUUGGCCCCAGUUAUGGCGUUCCCUGUUGAUGGCCCAAACAGCUCUAUUAGAGGAGGUACCAAGUUUGAUCCAAACCAACAACUCGACUUGGCGUUCGGUAAUUAUACCGACCAAAAUGAGAUUGUCGGUUCCAAAUUCGUCAACAAAGAUGAUCAACCAUAUAUUAAGACGAACAAGCAAAGUCACGAUAUAACUACCACCUUAUAUACCCCAAAACAGACCCCCUCGGUGAUCAACUUUGACGCCAAUAUCAAGAGUGAGCCUAUCCAUGGCACACCCACUGCCGGGUUAGGGUCCACCACCUUUGUGGAUGGCGCCCCGGCACCUAAAAAUGAUGAGUUUCUUAACGUAAAUAACGGAGGAUUGGGUAGAAAGAAGUCUUUGGUACAAAGAUUAAGAAAAAAUAGUGGUUCCGAUUACCCCAAAAAUAGGUCAAAUGAUGAGUUAAACAUAACGCAUUCUUUCGAUUCUUCUGAAGGUGCAGGAAAUUCUUUAAUGAGAAGAGUUAAAAGUUUGAAGGUAGGAAGGAGAGAAAGAUGAAGUGUUGAAGUGCUAUGAUUUAGUGUACUAUAAUAUAAAAAUUGUGUU